CUGUAAAUUUGUUCCAGCUGUUGUCGUACUUUACUGUGAACAGGUUAGCGUAGCAUAACCCUGAUUGAUCCAAACUCCAUUCAGAAAACAAACAUUUUAAAAGUUGUUGUCCUGCUGUUCCGCUGACAGACCUGACAAAGCACGAAUUCAUAUGUUUAACAAAUCUGCAUCAUUAUUAUUAUGUUUAUGUUAUUAUGUUAUUUCGGCAUCAGUUUCACCCAUUUAUUGCUAUUAAAUCACAGCUAAAUGUUUACUUUGGGUAUAUAGAGCUGGAGUAUUCGCAGGUUGUGUUUAUUCGCAUUAUCAGAUUGUGUGUUGGGUGGUGAUAGCGCAGUGGAUAAAACACAUGCCUUUGGUGUGAGAGGCCCAGGUUCAACUCCCCAUUGUGACCCAUCUACCAAUGUUACCCUGAGCAAGACACUUAAUUAAGCAAUUAUAUAGCAAUUGCAAGUCGCUUUAGAUAAAAGCGUCAGCUGAAUGAAAUGUGAGUGACACAUCCUUUUACACUAUGUUCCAUUGCAAUGUAUGUGUAUGUUCACCUGUAUUUCACAUCCACCUCCAACAUGUAGCCUACAUAAUAAUUUGGCAUUGCAUUUUUUUUUUUUGAGAAGGGGAAUCAAUUUUCUUUCUUGUGGAUACAAAUAAUCAUUUAGUUGUACACCAAAGUAAAAAUGCUCCAUCUACAAGUAAAAGUACUUCUUUACUUUAAAGUCAAAGUUUCAUGUAGUUUAAGCAGUAGCACUACUUUGAUGAGGAUUUUUUAUGUUAUAAAGUCAUGAAAGUAAUUAGUUUAUCUUAUCGUAUGAAACGUUGAAUCAUCAUCUCAUGACUUUAUUCUUUCCUCAGAGUGAGUCUCAGCUGGUUUUGACUUUCAGACGUUCAGUGAACGCCUCCUCCAGAGCACGACGUGACUGUGUGCAGGCAGAGCAACGUCUGGAGAGAAAAAAAGCCUCAUGAACACAGCGUUCAGUCCCAAAGAGGGGCGAAAACAAGCCAGCAUCACCACCCAGCUCCCUCUUUUCAACUUAUCUCUGUUCAUGAAAAACACAGCCGGAGCUUUUGUUGCUCUGGUUUCAUGAUGUUUCCUCUGAGCUGCUUGUUGUCGUCUCUCCCUCCUUCGCUCGUCCUUGACGAGACUCAGCCGGCUACAGUAAAUAUUUGCAGAAAUAUGAGCCGACCUGUCUGAGCGGUUAAAGCGUGCCCUCAGUUCCGUCUGUGCAGGAACUUGGCGUGCAACACACACACACACACCAGUGUACACACAGCGCUGGAAACCAGGUCACAGAUAAGAUGCCAGCUUUAUGGCCUGAUUCUGACUGGACUGGUGAAUAUUCACCACACUGCCUGCAUUUUAACCUCGUUUAAACUAAGUUCACGCUUAAUGAAUUUUUGUCCCCAUGCGGUAUUCACAUUCCUCCCAGCUCGCUGCUGAGUUUCAUCUUUAUUCUGAAUAAUCAGCCUGCUCUUCGGUUCCGACCCGAGACGGUUUUUGUGUCCAGACACCUCUGAGACGCUUUAUCUAAAGAUAUGGUUUCCGCCCUGACCUCCAGCACCACCACGAGCAACCUUAUCUUUUUAUGAUUUGAACAGUUUUUAUUGUUGUAAACAAAAUACAAAACAUACAACUCAUCAUCACCCAACGUGCCGAAGGCCUCGGCUGUCAACUCAGGGCACUUCCUCCCAUAAGAUUUAUGACAAGACAAUAACCAGAAUAAUGAAAGCAGAAAGAGAGGCAACAAACUGCAAACUGAAUAAAUAUAUUAUAUAAACACGAUAACGCAUAACAAACGACUCCCCACAGCACGUGGCUUCUCGCCGGAAAGCUUCAGUGCUUGUUUCUAACGUAGGCGUUCAAUCUAGAAAACUGUUAACAUGACGUUGUUUGAAACGCUGCCACUCCGGCGUCUCACAAGCCCACCGUUGGACUGAAGGCCCCCCUUCAUUCCUCCAACCUCUUAGAGUAUGCUACGCCUACUUUUAGCGUUGAACUAUGGCGCUGAAGGCGGCCACGUGCGUUGGUACCAGACCUGGAAGGACGUAACAAAGUGAAGCUAUUUGACGCCCCGGGGAAUGAGAACAGGCUGAUUUUCUGUAUCUGGGAAACAGCCUAAGUUCAUUUAGCUUAUCUGAAGGUGCUGUUAUAAAACAGAUGUGUUUAGCCCACAUUUAAAAUGAUAAACUCGUAAACACGCCGGCCUCAGGUCGGCAGAAGUUAAUCAUUAAUUCUCUGGAUGUUUAUCUGCCGACUGGUCUCAAAGUAGGAGACGGUUUGUACAUGACAUCUGGCCAAAGUGCCAUCAAAACAUCCUGUGAGCACAAAUGAAAAUGAAAGACGUCACAAAUCAAACCAAACUGACGACACAUCAGACCUCAGAUACACAGACGCUGUUAAAAACGUGGUCAGACAUAAUUAUUGUGAAUUUUAUGUCAUUUUUAGUAGUGGAAGAAGUAUUCAGAAACAUUACAGUGUAGAAAUAUUUCAAAAGUCACACAUUCAGUGUGUUUUACUAAAGUAAAAGUACAGAAGUACUACAAGCAGUACUUGUUGUUUUCUUCUUCUGCAUAUUUCAUUACAUUUUCCCAACUCAACACAUUAUACUUAAACCAAAACAGCGAUGGCGACAAUUCUCUUUUCAGAAGACCUUCACGGUUUACAGGUACAGGCUCUUAAUAAAUCAUGAAAAGUGUAUUUUUAUGCAGUAGUGGAACAAGUACUCAAUACCACAAUACUAAAUAUACAAAUAAAAGUCACGCAUUUAAAAUGUUACUUAAGCAAACGUACAAAAGCAUCAAAAUAUAGUUAAAGUACCAGACAUAAGUACACAGAAUGUCUCUUUUCAUAAUGACAUAUAUUACUGGAUCAAUACAACAUAUCAGCGUUGUAGCUGGUGAAGUUGGUGCUUAUUUUAAUUACUUAAUAUAUGUAUUGUAGGCCUACUUAUAUUAAUACAUCACAUUUUAUUUGUUGACUUUAUUUCGAAUCUGCAAAGUAUCUGAAGCUCUCAAAUAAAACUAAAUGUAGAAAUUAUAGUAGUAGUAGUAUUUGCCAAGUUAAGUAUCUCUAACUAAUGGACCGCAGUACUUGAGUAGAUCAAUUAUUAAUUUACUUUCCAGCAACUUUCAACUAAAAACAGGUUUCACAUUAUAAUGUGCCAAACCUGCAGUUCCACACUCCGUCCACCUGGAGGCGCUGUGGAAAGCUGCUUUUCAGUGACACCACAGAAGAAGAAGAAGAAGAAGCUAAUCUGUGUUAGCAAGUCGACAAUAAACAAAGAGAAAACCCAAAAACGGUGAGGACAUGUCAGCCGACACGAAGAUUGCCGAGCUGCUGACAGAGCUCCAUCAGCUCAUCAAGCAGACACAGGAGGAGAGGUCCCGCAGUGAACACAACCUGCUCAACAUUCAGAAAACACAUGAGAGGAUGCAGACGGAAAACAAAACCUCCCCAUACUACCGGACCAAGCUGAGGGGACUGUACACCACGGCCAAGGCCGACGCUGAGGCAGAGUGCGGCAUCCUGCGUCACGCUCUCGAUAAAAUUGCAGAGAUCAAGUCUUUGUUGGAGGAGAGGAGAAUAGCUGCUAAGAUGGCAGGAGUUUACAGCGACAGCGACCCCCCCAGGAAGACGAUGAGGCGAGGCGUCCUGAUGACGCUCCUGCAGCAGUCGGCCAUGACGCUCCCUCUGUGGAUCGGCAAGCCGGGGGAGAGCCCCCCUCCUCUGUGCGGGGCGACUCCGGCCAGCAGCGACUACGUGGCCAAACAGGGCGACAAGGUGGCCGCGAGGGUGAAGGCCGUGGACGGAGACGAGCAGUGGAUCCUGGCUGAGGUGGUCAGCUACAACCACUCCACCAACAAAUAUGAAGUGGACGACAUUGAUGAAGAAGGCAAAGAGAGACACACUCUGAGCAGGCGGCGGAUCAUCCCUCUGCCGCAGUGGAAGGCCAACCCAGAGACGGACCCAGAGGCCCUGUUCAGCAAGGACCAGCUGGUGCUGGCCCUCUACCCGCAGACCACCUGCUUCUACCGGGCCCUCAUCCACACCCCGCCACACAGGCCUCAGGACGACUACUCGGUGCUGUUCGAGGACACGUCGUACGCCGACGGUUACUCCCCUCCGCUCAACGUGGCCCAGAGAUACGUGGUCGCCUGCAAGGAGAACAAGAAGAAGUGACCCGACGGCUGGAGAGGAAGACCAGAGCGCGCCGAGGGACAAAGAUGAAGCCUGUUUGGAAACAUUUAAGUUCUGUGAAAACGCCACUGAUUUCCAUUUUUGUAUUAAAAAGAACAUUUGUAAAGAAGGUGAUAAGUGGCUGUCAGACAAGCAAAAAAAAACCUAUAACAGAUCAUUUUUUAAUAAUUAACACAGAGAAGAAGUGGAAUGACCUACACAGACCUGAACACCUGAACGUCUCACAAGGGGGGGGGGCUGUGACAUAAAACCCAUUGAUCCGAGUCUGUAAUGACCAAACAAAGUACUGUAAAAUACUCCCAGCAUGGAGACCAAACUAGCCCUGAUUUCUGAGUGUGGUGUUGAUGUACACAAUUGUCCCACAAUGCAUUGCACGGCGGAAAUAUGGGAGCUGUUCACAGCCGGAAACGGAAAUCAAACUAACUCAGAAAGUCACGUUUUGGAGUCUUUUGCGCGGCUCGUCUGCUGUUGGUGUAAACAGGCUUCGGAUGGAGAUCUGUUGUACUGCACAGUGUACUGUAAAGAUCAGUGUACUGUGUGUACUUUGUUCUCAGUUUGUCUUCUAAAGGGUUUUGCAGCAGGAUGCAGAGGAGCCUUCAGGUGCUGUGGUGGUUUGGUCAUUCUGCCUUCAGGGUCCCGUCUGACGGCCUAAAUAGUGUUUGUUUGUUUUUUAAAUGUGAAGAGAGUUCAUGAUUGUUGUGUGAAACAAAAACCUAAAGACCAGAGUGGAAAAACAUUUUC